GUUCGGCAAAGCAAGGAAAUGGGAUCCAGGCUGGAGGAUUAGAGUUGCCAGAAGGAAAAGUAGGUGGAUAUACAGGACAGCUACAAGUACUCGAGUAUCUCGCAGGGCAACGGUUAUCACGAUGAAGAUGAUGUACCACUGACAGACGGAGGAAGUGCCUGACAUCAAGAAAUCUUAUCAGUAGCUAGAAAAGGUAGACCUACAGGACAGCACAGGCGCAUCAGCAGGAUCUAAGUUUCAGGCUGGUUGUGCAAAGGAUGCUCCAGAGACAGUUCAGUGUAGUAAUAGGAUGCAAGCUGGGAUACCUUUCACAACUUGAGGAGAUCUUAAGUCUUAGUAGUAAUUGGAGCCUCAAACUGGAGAUAUUCAGGGCACAGAGUGCAGACCAGGAACGGCUAAGAUGCUGUGCAGAACCAUCAAAUGCUGCUAAUCAAUCCGCAUGGUUUAAAUUAGCAUAGAAAGGCCUGUAAACGUAGAAAAAGGCAGGUUAACACCAGAGGGAGAAAAGCAAUUAACCAGCCGAGGCUUGCCUGUUCACAUGCUGCUAUCAGCCAUCAAAGCCUUUCAGUCUCACAUGUGCAGUAAGAUGUGUUGCACUGUCAGGUAUCAGAAUACUUUAUCCAUCCCCAGGGGAAUUAUGUGGGUUUGGGUUGCUCCAGUACAGUAACAUGAACAAAAACAGGUAGGAGGUUAAAGCAGCUACUGCAGUAAAUAAACAGGCCAGAUGUGACUGGAGUGACUGGCAUAUGGCUGCAGCUCUCACACUGGGGUCUGUGCUGUUGAUCAGGAGCAUAACUGCUGCUGAGACGGCCCCACGGCCAGCUGCGUCUGCGCGUGUGAAAGUGCGGCGGCGCAGUGAUUGGCUGAAAAUGACAUCAUCCAGUCCAGAUCUAUUGUUGGAAAGUUGAUGAGCUCAUCGUUGAGAAUCCAGUGUGAGAAACACCGUGAAGAGGAAGGAGGACCUCGCUGCAGCGCCGGACAGUGGUGUUGUCUGUCUCAGAGUUCCUGCAGCUGACACAAGAAGCGGACUCAGUAUGGUCUUGUCUCGGGAUAGAGAGGUGGAGCGGCCCCCGCUGUCCGUCAUCCUACCGCAGCUCUACCUCGGAGCAGAGAGCGACGUGACGCAGGACCAGCUGGCCUCGCUGGGUAUCUCCUACGUGCUGAGUGUGAGCCGCUGUAGCCCCCAGCCCUCCUUCCUGCCUGGUUCCAGGUAUCUUCGCAUUCCUAUUGAUGACUCUUUGUGGGAUAACCUGCUGCCCUGGAUCCCACAGGCUCUGCAUUUCAUUGAUGUAGCCAUGUCGUCGGGGGCUUCGGUGCUGGUGCACUGUGCAGCAGGAAUUUCCCGCUCCCCAGCCCUGGCUGUUGCUUAUGUCAUGUACAGUCUGGAAAUGGAUCUUGACCAUGCUUACAGGUUUGUGAAAGAGCGCCGGCCCUCCAUUUCCCCAAACUUCAACUUCCUGGGUCAGCUGCAGCACUUGCAGGGUGCUCUGAGCCAAAAGUCGCAUGGCCACGACCUCCUCAUCCCGCAGCUGGCCAGUUGUCUGCCAUCUGUUAACGACAGUGUGAACCUGUCUCACAGCAGUCAGAACAGUAACUGUCAAGCUAAGAGCGUCACUGCAGACUCAGCUCACCACAAAGACAAAGCACAGCAGAGACGCUCGCUGUCAGAGAGCACUGAAAACAAGCAGCAGCAACUGCCGACUCUUCAUUUGCCUUCCCAUUGUAACCAGCAGCCUGUCCAGAAACCAUCGGAAGUUUCAGCUUCCAGUCCCUGUGAGCCCAUCAACCCAACGCUAAAGGCCACCCAACUACAACUCCCAUCAGGCUCUGCUUCUCUCUUAGAGAAACGUAAAAGCCUUACCCUCUCUUUGACCCCUUUGGGAAUAUGCCCUUCCUCCACAGCAAACGAGAGCCAACAAGAAAAAAUGGUCGAGAGCAGGAAGAUUGCCGAGAGCGCCGAGGUAAAGAGUUACCCUGGCUCCUACAGGCAGGCAGAGGCUAUCCACAGGAAGCAGCGUCUCCCUCUCAGCCAGCACAGCAGAGCUGAGGUCAAGGAAAAGGGCCUGCUCUCACCUUUCAGCGUCACGCUCAACAAGCUGCUGGAUUGGGGGGGAAGGAUACUGCUGGGAGGUGUUUUUGUCCACCCUGUGCAGAUGGGACAGCCCGCACUACCUUACAGGUGCUGAGGGUACAAGGAAGCAGGUGGUAGGUGGCGUCUGUGCAUGUUUGUCAGAAGAACGUGUAAUGAAAGAACCUUCUUUGUCUUCUAUUUAUUUAUUUGUUGCAGAGUUGAAUCUAUGAAAAUGGCCUGAAAAGACAAAGCACCCCGUUUAUCACAUUAUGUUUAUCAUUAUGACAGCGAUCCCUGUUUCUGUCAUUUUUAAAUGUAGUUGUUUAAAAAGCUUUUGCCACAAUGGUUUGUAAUGUAUUUACUGAUGAAUAAAGAUGACAUUUUAACCAUA